CCAUGAUUCUCGGCUGCAAGCUCUCUGCACCAGUCAAGAUGGCGGACAGACCAGGUAAUACAUCGUGUCCUCUGUUCAAAAAUCUAAUAUUUUAAAUGGUCUGUGCUUGAUUCUAAUUAUACGAAGACUUUUCAACGAUGGUUAUUUGUUCGGUGUUGUUCGCUCCGUUAAUAAGUCACUGGCACGUUUUAUUCUGACUGAAGGCCGCUAUGAAUCCUCGGAGUCACGUCAAGGACUUUGAGUGUCAUUGUCAGUUUUCAGCUCAAAGUAAUUCACGGUAUAAUUUUACUCUUUUAUUUGUCAAUUAAAGCGAUAAAGCACGUUUUGUACCACAUUGUACUUAUGCCACAGAUAUUACUAUGAAAAAGUUAACGCGUAUUAUGUUGUGUAAUGGUUCCCUGCAGCCGGUUUGCACAGUGCCCAGACCUAAUUCAGAUACAUUGAACCCGAAGCUGGACAUUGAGAUGUUCUUGUGAAGGGUGUGCUUAAGUAUCAAGUGUGCGUAAAUCGGGAUAUCUAAGUCUUAAAGAGGGAAUGUCGAAGUUAGAAGCAGGGCUGCACAAUUUGAGAGGAAAAAGCACGGUUGCGAUACACAAAUAUCGCGAUAACGAUUCGAUAAUCACAAAUUCAGUGGUCAGUUAAGCAAUAUUUUGGUCUUCUUUUGGUGUAACAUAAGCCCAGUUUGGUGCAUGCUUUUCUUAAACUGUUAAGAGUUUAUCUGAGAGUGAAUGAAUGACACAAGCUGCAUGUUUUGUCUGCAGAGUAUCUCCUUCACUGUGAGAACUUGUUGUCAAACUGCUGUUACUCUCUUUUUCUUCAGUUCCCAUAGUUGAGAAGCGGCUGUUGGAUGUUAAGCUGGGUGAGCUGGUAACCUGGAUCGGAGGUCGUGACGCCACUCCCAAUGGCAUCUUUGCUGCUCUCCGCAGGGGUAAGGACUACCAAUGUUACUAAAGAUUUUCAGCCUGUUUAAAACAACUGAACCAUGAGAAGGAUUUGCUUUUUCUUUGUUUAGCUUUAGCUGCUUCAGUUCAAACCUCAAGGAUUGUUUUGGUUGACUUUAAUUUUCUGAGAAAGUACUAAUGUCUGCUUAUCCAUAACAUGUUUAGUUUUCCAUUACAGAUGUUUCUUGGUUGUGCGUUUUCUUUAAUGUCAUAAUAUGAAGUGUAGCAUUCAGUGUAGCUUUUUCAUGCUUGUUUGCCAUUACAUAAUACACCUGCCGUCAAUUUGUCAUUUCAGUACCUUUUGUAGGUAAAAACAAAGGCUGAACAUGUAAAAUUAAAAUGUCCUAAAGCUGACAUUUGUCUCAACCUGGCUGAGUUAAGAAAAACUGAAGAGCUCCACUAACUACAAUCAUUCAAAUGCUCUCGGCACCAAAACUCUAUAAUUAGUCUGAGAGAACAAAGAACAUCCAGAGGCUUUCAUCACUGAACCUUUUAUAAUUAGUUUAACAGUGUCUGUAGUGGAGUGUUAUUUUCAGCAGGGGUUUAAACCUUUUGUUUCCUUGCUUUCUUAACUUUCAGGCCACGACAGAUACUACAACAAGUACAUUAACGUGAAGAAGGGAGGUAUCGGCGGUAUUGCAAUGCUGCUGGUUGGCUACGUGGCUAUCAGCUACCUGUGGGAAUACGACCACAUCAGUAAGCAAACAGACAAUCCUUUCUGUUUUCAAGGUUUCAAAUUUGUAUUUUUUUCUAAAUAAACGUCUCUUCUUGUCUUUCCUCUUGCAGAACAUGACCGCUGGAGGAAGUACCACUAAACCUCUUCAGCAGCCGUCAGCCCUCCAGGGGUCGAACAGGAGUCUCUGUGUUCCCCCUGUGCUUUCUACUCUCAGCUCUUUCUUGUGUUCAAUAUGUGACUGUUGUGACCAAUAAACUACACAAAGAUUUAUUGUUGGAUAUUGUGUCUGAUUGGCUGGGUUUAUUUUGUAUUUCACUUCCUAUAGCAAACAUUUCUCAUCUAUAAGAAUUAUAAGACAAUGAGUCAAAACAAAAUGAUGGAAUCAUCCUCGAGCUGUGCAGUUCAAGUAGCUACCCAAAUUCUUACUGUAAUUACUAUAGUUAUCACAGUUUAAAUAUCAAUUACUUUAUUUCAUUUUAAAAGUUAAGAAAUAUAUUUCUUAUGUUCUGAAAUAAAUCUGAAUGAAAGUUCAA